AUGAAACCGUUCUGCAUAACGUUGGUCCUCGCCUUCGCGGCUGUCGCAGUGUCGGCCCAGAGCGUCGACGAGUGCCUCCAGAAGGACAGCAUCUCCUGCGUCCAGAAGAGCCUGUUCCGCCAGGCAAGGGGUUUCUUCAACCAGGAGACCUUCGAGCUCGUCGGUGGUGUCAGUUUGGUCAAGUCCCAGGGAGACAGGGCCUCCAGGAGCGACAAGAGCAUCGUCUACGAGCAGGAGAUCGAAAAGGCCGCUAGUGUCGCCGAGAGGCAGAGCGCCCUCGAGAACUUUGUCGGCGAGGGGCUCAACGAUUUCCUUUACGGGCGCAACUUGAAGAUCAACUUCUCGCCCGCUCUGGAGAAGAUCAACGAGUCAGCCCGCGCCCUCGGCGAGUCCAUCCCCGUCGAAGUCCGACAAGCCGCUGACGAAGUCGCCGAAGGCCGUGGCAAGAAGAAGCUGAAGAAGAUCCUGCCCCUGCUUUUGUUGGCUAAAGCGAAAAUCGGCGCCUUGGCCACCCUUGCCUACUUCGCCUUGGCCCUGAUCGCCAAGAAAGCCAUAAUCGCCUCCCUGAUCUCCAUCGCCAUCUCGGCGUUCGUCGGUCUUCGCUCCCUGUGGGAGAAGAAGGGCUCCGCGACCAUCAGCGCUGGAUUCCCAUCGACUGGUUACAACGCCGGCUGGAGCUCCUCCGUCUCCGGGGGUUACCCGAGCGCCGGCUCCGCUGCCUGGGACGACGGACAUGCCUACGCCCAGAGCCAGGCCUUCUCCGGUUACCACUAA